AUGCUUUCUCGCUCCACUGCGCGUUGUGCUCCCGCUGCUCUUGCAGGCAUUCGUCAGCGUGCUAUGCAGACUGGCCUUAAAAAGUUCAUAGCGUUCCCUGAGGUCUCUGAUGAACGUGUUAUCCCUGCUGUUGCCAAGGUCCUCAAGGAGAAGAUUGCCCAACCUGUGUUGGUGGGCGACCGCGAGGCAGCUUAUAAGUGCGCCAAGGCGAACAACGUGUCUUUGGAAGGCGUGAGGAUCAUUGACCCAGCACUCCAUCCUGAGGUUGUGGAACAGACCGCCACUGUCUUAUUCCAGAAGCGCCAAAAGAAGGGCAUGACUAUUGAUGCCGCCCUUGAUACCGUGAAGAAUUCUCCCCUUAUGAUGGCGAAUUUGAUGUUGACCACUGGCCAUGUUCAAGGAUGCGUUGCUGGUGCUUCCCAUACUUCUGCUGAUGUUGCCCGCGCGGCCUUGCAAACUGUUGGCGUUAAGAAGGGCUUGAAGACCGCUUCGUCGUUCUUCAUCAUCGCCAAGGAUGACAAGACAUUCCUUUUCUCCGACUGCGGCUUCUGCAUCGCGCCCUCCAUCUCGCAGCUCGCCGAGAUCGCCAUCACAACUGCCCAGACCUGCGAGGACGUCUUAGCCAGCACUCCGCGUAUUGCAAUGCUCAGCUUCUCCACGUUCGGCAGUGCUAAGCAUGAGUAUGUGACUAGAGUUGAGGAGGCUCUUGCCCUUGCUCGCAAAGAGAGACCUGAUCUUGCCAUUGAUGGUGAAAUGCAGGUCGAUGCUGCCAUUGUCCCCGAGGUAGCUGCCAAGAAGGCCCCCGGUUCCAAGGUUGCUGGCCAUGCUAAUGUCCUUAUCUUCCCCGACUUGAAUGCUGGCAACAUCGCCUACAAGGUUGCUGAGCGUUUCGGGGGUUACCAGGCCGUUGGUCCGGUCUUCCAGGGCUUGGCUUACCCCACCAAUGAUCUCUCUCGAGGAUGCCACGCCGAAGAUGUUGUUGAUGCCGCUGCAGUGACAGUCCUUCAGGGCGCGAGUAUUCCGAUCCCGACUGGUCCUGCUCCUGGUGAUGUCCUCAACUAA